AUGCCUACGAGUAGUGCAGCUGUCUUCGGUUCAUAUGUGCCGCAAUAUACAAUGACACUAAUGUCGCAAGGUCGUCCACUUUAUCCAUCACAAACAUCAUAUGAGAUUUCUCAACAAUUCGAUGUUGAUUUUUCCACAAUUAUUGAAGUUCCGUCGACUUUGCAAACGAAUGAAAGCUUUCUAUCAUCAACUGCAUUCAAAGUUUUUAUAGCUGGGAUAACCUUAUGUAUAAUCAGUACAGCAAUCGCCGUUCCUGUCGCCUUGUUAUUAACAAAUACAACAGGUGAAUAUGCAAUUUUCAUGUGUUGUGCAUAA